AUGGCUUCUAUACACUCACUAGCAAUACUCCUGCUCGGAAUGGUAAUGCUCACCACUCCUGUGCUGGCUAAUUACAACAAACAACUCACUUAUGAAUCACCACCAUUCGAAAGCCCACCAACUUAUGAGCCCCCACCAACUCAUAAACCACCGGCCUAUAAACCUCCAGUAUACCCACGGCCAAUAUACCAUCCUCCCCAUGAGAGGCCACCUCCGGUGUACGAACCACCGUAUGAAAAACCACCACCAGAGUAUGAACCAUCACCUGGUGAGAAUCUACCACCAGAAUACGAGCCACCACAUCAUGGAAAACCACCGUAUGAGAAUCCACCGCCAGAGUAUGAACCACCUUAUGAGAAACCACCACCAGAGUAUCAACCACCUCAUCAUCAAAAACCACCGUAUCAUGAACACCCAACACCAGAGUAUCAGCCACCACCUGAGUAUCCACCGCCUCAUGAGAAGCCACCACCAGAAUACCAACCUCCUCAUGCAAAACAACCACAUGAAAAUCCACCACCAGAGUAUCAACCACCUCAUGAAAAACCACCACAUGAACAUUCACCACCAGAAUACCAACCACCACACGAGAAACCACCAUAUGAGCAUCAACCACCUGAGUACCAACCACCACACGAAAAACCACCUCAUGAACAUUCACCACCAGAAUACCAACCACCUCACGAGAAACCACCACAUGAACAUCAACCACCUGAGUACCCACCACCACACGAAACACCACCUCAUGUGAGUCCGCCAUCAGAGUACCAACCACCUCGUGAAAAACCACCGCAUGAACAUUCACCGCCAGAGUACCAACCCCCGCACGAGAAACCACCGCCAGAGUACAAACCUCCUCAUGAAAAUACACCACCAGAGUACCAACCACCUCAUGAAAAACCACCGCAUGAACAUCCUCCUCGUGAAAAUCCCUCACCAGAAUACCAACCACCUAAUGAAAAACCACCACAUGAACAUCCACCCCCGGAGUACCAACCUCCGCACGAUAAACCACCACAUCAAAAUCCACCACCAGAGUAUCAACCCCCUCAUGAGAAACCACCUCAUGAAAAUUCACCAUCUUAUUACCCACCACCUCAUGAAAAACCACCACAUGAACAUACACCUCCAAAUUACCAUAAGCCUCAUGAGAAACCUCUUCAUGAGAAUCCACCACCACAAUAUCAACCCCCUCAUGAACAUCCGUCGCCCGAGUAUCAACCGCCACACGUGAAACCACCACAUGAGAGUCCACAACCAGUGUACAAACCGCCUUAUGAGACGUCACCCCCACCACCUGUGUACCAUCAUCCAAUAUUUCACUCACCUCCUCAUGUGAAGCCACCUGUUUACCCGCCUCCUCCUCUUGUGAAGCCAUCACAGAUGAAAAAACCACAACACUACAACCCCCGACCUUUUGGCCUCUUCCCAGCAUCUAAGAACUAA